AAAACACCCAACGCGAUCUUUGAUGGCGAGCGGACGGGCCAAGCUCACGCUGGAGCGCGUGCUGGGCACGACCGCGCAUGGCAACGCGAGCAUGAGCGUGAGCAGCGUGAGCGGCGAGAUUGCGUACGCGGCCGGCUGCGUCGUCGUCAUGUACAACUUUCGCCGGGACAAGCAGACGCGCUACUACCGCGUCGAGAAGCCGGUCUCGGCGCUCGCCUUCUCGGGCGACGGCCGUCUCCUCGCGAUUGCCGAGAAGGGCCAUGCACCGGCGAUCACCGUCUGGGACGUGACCACCGGGCAGCUGCGCGCCGACCUCAAGCGCCAUACGCACGGCGUGGCGGCGGUCGCUCUGUCCACGGACGGCCGCCUCCUCCUCUCGGCCGGCCUCGUCCACGACAAGAUGCUGUACGCAUGGGAUACGGCGACGCAGACGCUGCUCGGCGCAGCGGUGCUCUCGACCAAGAUCCACGGCCUCGACUACAGCGUAUGCGGCCGCGCAUUCGUGUCGGUCGGGGAUGCCCACGUCACGUUUUGGCGCCUCGAUAGCAACGACCGCCUCGAAACGAGUGGCCAGCUCCUCCCGGAUGGGCUCGCCGAACUACGUCCGACGCCAGCGACCAUGUCCCGACUGGGCGACGCUGCUUUUGUCGGCGUCAGCUGCAGCGACACCAAGACGUUUGGCGUCACGCGCUGCGGGUUUCUGUGCUGCUUUGGCGGCACGACCAUGGAGCGGCUCGUGUCGAUCGAAGCGGCGAGAGGCUUUGCGGUUUCGGUGACGACCGAGUUUGUCGCUGUCGGUGGCGCCUCGUCGAUCGUCCGACUCUUCGACCCAAUCACACUCGAAUACAAGACGACGCUGCCGUUCCCGGCGCACUGCAGCGCGACACCGCUGAGCGACCACCUCCUACUGCCGCCGACACCGACGGCCUUUCCUGCCGUCGUCGCCGUGCGGUUGACUGGCGCGCACAUUGCCAUACUGUACGCCGACCGUGCGCUGUUGUUGCUCGAGAUUCCGACGCGGACUGUGACGCGGUCGUUCUUGUUUCAUAGCGGCCCGAUCAACGGCGUCGCCGCGGUCGGGGCCGUGACCGGCCUCGACGCCCGGCAGCGCACCCAGUGGGCCGCCCCCGCGACGUCGGCAACGCACCCGAUCCCAGACGGAACGUUUGCUACCGUCUCGGACGACCACACGUUGCGCCUAUGGCACCUCGAGUACACCAAGAAGCACAAAUUCCCACAGCCGUGGUGUCACGCCCACAGCAGCGACCUCGUCGCGUCGAUUGUCGUCAGUGACGCGCCCGUGUCGAUCGCGUCCGAGUCGGUGCCCGAUGUUCACACGCCUCGGGACUCGGUGGACGCAACGGGUGACACAGGGCUCCAGUGCCUCGCAGUCUAUGCGGCGUCCAAGAUUGCGGUCGGCGACAAGCACGGGCACAUUCAUCGCAUCGACUUGCAGUGGCCUCUCAAGCGACCGGCGCCGCUGCCGACGCCGCACGCAAGCGCCGUCCUCUCGAUCGCGUACGGUCCGCAAGGGCACUUGGCCUCGGGUGGACGGGACCGGCUCCUCCACGUUUACGCGCCGACGGGCGACCUUCUCAAGAAGCUGGAGAAUCACUCGGGCGCGGUGCACUGCGUGCGCUUCUCGGACGACGGCAAGCGCAUCGUGUCGGGCGGCGCCGACCACGCGAUCGUGUUUACGCAGGUGACGGACGACCGGAUCUUCCGCUACAACUCGAUGACCGUCAAUGGUGGCCGCCUCCACGACGUCGCUGUCCUUGGCAACGACCAUAUUCUCUCGGCCGUGCAUGCGCGCGUCGACGUCCAUACACUCGUCAGCAACAAACACGUUGCUUCGUACGCCCUCGGCGAACACCACCACAUUGGCGUGACGCCCGGACCGUCCCUCGUCGCGCUCUCGGGCGCCACCGACAAGACGGUCUACGUUGUGGACUAUGCGACAGGCGACGUCCUGACCAAGGCGGCGGGGCAUGGUGAUGCCGUCACAGGCGUCCUCUUCACAUUAGACGGGCGUCGCCUCAUUUCGACGAGCGCUGACGGCUGCAUCUUUGUGUGGCGUCUCUCGGAUGACCUCCAAACACGCUACAAGGCGCAGCUACCUCUCGUGGCGGCGCCAGCAAUGACCGUCGCCGACGCACCGCCCGUCAUGCCACCUGUCCUUGCCAUGCCGCCGCCCGCGCCUCCCGUGCCAGUGCGAACGACGCCGUCUGCGCCUGUUGUCGUUCUGGCACCGCCUGCACACGUCCCUACAAGCCCCGAAACAAAGGUUCCAACGCCAACCGAGAUACCCGCCAAGACGUCAACCGAAAUGGAGAUCGUCGCAAAGUCGUGGCAAAACGGAAAGCAAGUCGUGCCGGGUCCGAUGGCGCCGCUACCGAUGGAAGACUGGAUGAAGACGCGGGGGCCACCGCUACCACCCGUCGAGCUCACGCCGCCCAAGAUCGCCGACGCGCCUUUGGACCGGGUCCCGGACUGGGCGCGGACGAUCAAGCCGCUGUCAUCAGACCCAUCGCCCUUUGUCGUCGAGCCUCGAGGAAAGUGGGGCGCCGCCGGUGUUGUCGACAGCAUCGCGGCCGUCGACUCGAGCUCCGACUCCGACUCGGAGGCUGGCGACGACAACGACGAUGACACCAAGGACGGGAUGGAGACCCAAACGCUGUACAUUAAACAGUCGAGCGGUGCACUCCAGUCAGUCGACGUACCGAUCAAGCGCUCAAGUGCGUCGGACGCUGAAAUCGCCGAGCUCCUCGCGGCGGCGACGGCAGCCACGACGCUGGACCACGCGCGGGAGCUGCACUCGAAGCGCAAAAUGCAGCGAGAGACUGCCCUCGCGGUUGCCGAGAUGCAGUCGAAGCUCGGGCAGCUCGGAAUUCUCAAGCAACGCAAGCCCGAGUACGAAAAUGAUAGCUUCACUGCUGGCUACCACGCCGAAGUCCACGGCGGCGGUCUCGGCCGGGUGACGACCGACGUCGACAGUAGCACCGUCGUCAUGCAGUCGUUUGACGUUCCCUCGGUCGAUGUCAAGGUGGUGCCACUGCCGAGUCCCCCGCCACCGAUGGUACCUCGUGUCUCAAUUAGCCUCGAUAUGACACCGACGGACGUGUCCUUGGGCCAAUUUAUUGCGGGACACAAGUUACAGCCAGAGCCCACGCCUUCGGUGGAAACGUCUCAGAGCAUUGACGUCACACCGGUCAACAUGUCCUUAAGCCGGUUUCUGGACGGUGACGGACUGGUCAUGACAGCCAGCGUUGAUUUGACGCCAACUAACGCAUCCCUGAGCACUUUUACUACCGGGUAUCACAUCCCGUCACCCGACAUCCGCCGUGACGCAACCCCAGCGACCAGCGUGGAUAUGACGCCCACGGACGUGUCGCUGAGUGUCUUUACGACAGGGUACGCGCCCGAGGCUCAACCCUCGGUGCAGCCAAGCGUCUGCGACAGCAUUGACGUGACGUCGUCACUCAGUCGCUACGUCACGGGCUAUGACGCAGCCCCGACAGCCGUCUCGACGAGCAUUGACGUACGCAACGUGUCGCUGAGUACGUUUGUUGCGGGUCAUGCACCAAGCACAGCGUCGGUCUCUCAGAGCCUCGAACCAACAUCAACCUCCUUCAGUGCGUUCACGACGGGCUACAACCGCCGCAGUGUCGAAACGAGCGCGAGUCUGAACCUCAGCAACGUCUCUUGGAGUGCGUUUACCUCUGGGCACCAGCCGACCGACGUUGUUGCAGCCAGCAUCGAGAUACCGGUCAAUAUGUCGCUCAGCAUAUUCGUGGCUGGGCACCAUCCGCUGUCGCCCAAAGCUCGCGCCGAGGUGAUUGCCGACCCAGCGCCACCCGCAGCCGCCACGACAUCAUCUACCAGCAGCAGCAUCGACCUCACCAAUGUCUCGCUCAGUCAUUUCGUGCACGGACUCGACCUUAGCCUUGAUGGUGCUGCCACGCCGCUACGACCGCCGAGCCAAGCCUCCGUGUCGUCAUCCAGUGAAAGCAUCGACCUCACGAACGCAUCACUGAGUCAUUUCGUGCACGGCCAUGACGAUCUUUUAACUGGACCUUCCAGCGACGGUGUGAAGGAGUCGACCAGCAACGAUUCGGGGAGCGCGGAAGUUAUACCACCGUUCAACGACGUAAUGCAGAACUUGCACGCCCAAGUCGGCGCAACUGUCGAUGUCUUCGCCCACGUCGUUGCGGUCAACACGGCGGACAAGGAAGCCGCCGAGAUCGCCGAGAUGGCCCGGCUCCUCCAGCUCAAGAUUGCAGCCUACGCUGCUCGCACUACCUGAAGACACUUUUGUCCCUCGCUUCGACCCUUGCGUUGGCAUUGCAUUUUUUCAAUUUAACGCUGUAUGGCGAACGAGGGUUGGGGUUGGUACAUGGCUCGUCAACGAC